AUGGAUCUUUCCCAGUUCGAAUCCUUCAAGUCUCAGACGACAUUUCGGCUUCACAAGUUGGACCCCUUUUUCCCCGACCAUUCCACCCACCGCCAUCUUCUUCCGCCCAGUCCCUCUUUAUCUUCCUCCAGCACCUCCGUUUCCACGCCUGCCUCCAACUGUGGUCCCGACGUUUACAGCAUUUUAGGAAUCUGCCCCGACUCGUCUCACUCGCUCCUUCAUCCUCAUCAUAAGCUCUCUCCACCCUUGUCCCAAACCACCACACAAACACAAAUGAGUCUUGCUGCUCCUAAACCUCUUGCUCUGCCAGCCUUCUACGACUCGGGAUCCAAAAUGCCUCUCGGCCACGACGUGCCCAAAAAGCGACGGGGUCGUCCUCGAAAGCGGCGUCUCGACGCCGGCGACUCCUUCAGCAGCGCCACCUCCUCGGACCCUUCCUCCUCCCCCCUCCUGUCCACCGAUGGAGCCGCUGCAGCCAGAACCAUGGCCUCUCCCACCACCACCCCGACCAAGAAACGCAAACUGACGGCGCCUCCGCCACAGCUGUCGUCGUCGCCACCCAUGGCUGCGCUCCGAUCGUUCGACACCCCCAGCAGCCCGCCACCACGACCACACACUCCACCAGGGUACGAGACGGUGCUACACACCCCCAAGCAGCUGUCCAAACAUCACCACAACGCCAGUAAUCACACAGGCCAACCGACCACCGCCACUAACGAAACCCCCCGAAGCCGAACGCUGGCCCGAUUCGAGACGUCGUCCCACGUGAACCCGUCGCUCAUCUACGCCUCGGCCACCCAACCCAUGCCUUCGGCGUCCUUCUCGGACCUCCCGUCGUCCCCCACCUUUGCAUCUUCCUCUUCCAUCAUGUCGCCACAGACGCCCCGCAACGGCUUCUCCUUCUCCACCAUCAUGGCCUCGUCGCCGCUGUACCACGGCUACUUUACGUCGCCGGCCCAGAACGACUCUCCUGGAGGCUCGGGCCUGGUCAAGCUGUCCGUCAAACCCAUGCCCAUGCCCUCGUUCAAGAAGGACGCCGAGCAGCUGUCAGAUCCGUUCAAGAACUACCAGGUGCGCUCGGGACCCCUCGGCGGCCCCCUGCAGCCCCUGGAGCAGUCGCCCGUGCAGAUCAAGCGGCUGGAGAUCAAGCGACGCAUCUCGCUCAACAUUUCCGCCACUGGAAAGGCCUCGGUGGGGAUCGCAGACGAGCGCCCUCCUCACAUGACUCGGUCAUACUACACGGAUCCGGACCGCGAGAACAUCGACAAGCUUUUCCCCGAGCUGUCGCCUCGACAGGUUGUUCCCGAAGACGACGACGACUCGAGCGACGAUGACGACGACGACACACGCAUCGGACCUGGUUCCAGCCGCCGAUCUGAGAGCCAGGAUCCUCUCAGCGAUGCCAAGGCCGCUCUUCAGUCCAUGAUGAAGAGCGGGCGGACCAGCACUUCUCAGGCUGCCUCUCGAGCAGGCAGUCCCCCUCAGUGGAGCAUUUUGCAUUAG